ACUCACACUCGACUAUAAAUUACAGAGGCAACAUCUGGUCAUCAUUCAUUUGUGGACUGGAAGUCAAGAAAAAUAUAUAUAAUCUGAAAAUCCAAAAAAAAAAAAAAAACUGAUCUUUAUAAAUCGCGAGCUGCGUAAUCCUUUACCACCAGACAUGGAUCGCAUCAAAAUUGGCGAGCAGCUCCUCUUCCAAAGGAGUGACGGACGAGUCCAUCAGGUGGUCUGCACUGCCAAGAACCUGGAACGGGAUUCCAUCACGGGCGAGUGGACCGAGGGCACGGUGGUCAAGGGUAAGGAAGUGCCAUUAAGCACGCUGAUUGGCAUCAACCAUCAUAUCUUCGCGGAGAAUCAACCGCCGAUAUCGAAGCCAUCGAACUCCUUGCUGCCGAAGCCGAGGGGCUCGAGUCCGCCCGGAGGACCUAAUACCCACACUGGAAAUCCGUAUGCAGAACGCAUGAGAGUACCGGACGGUCGCAGUAAAAUUGCCACUAGAAAGACGGAUCCUGCUGCGGUGGGAGCGCGAAAUCGUCAGCAGGCUAUAGCGCACACCCCUCGUGUGCCCGCCUGUAGGACGGAGCGGGAUGCCAGCCCCACCCAAGGUCGCAAGUCACAGGGUGGCAACAACAGCAACCAACGCUGUUCCAGUGUCGUGAGGGAGGUCAAUCGCAUGAAGGAGCAGAGGGAGAAGCGAAGGGCUCGCCAGGCGGAGCAGCUCCAGGAGAAGGAUGCGCUGCGUCGCAAUAAUCCGGGGAAUCCUAACUGGGAGGUGUCGUCGAUGCUGCGCCAAUACCGCUCCUCCUUGAUCUUUUCUCCACUUCGAUGCGUGGAUCCCAAUGGAGCUACUGUUCAGCAAAUUUCGGUGUGUGUGCGAAAACGACCCAUGAGUCGCAAGGAGGAGAACUCCAAGAACCUGGACAUCAUCACAGUUCCCAGUGCCGACAGCCUGAUAGUCCACGAGUUACGCCUCAAGGUGGAUCUCACCAAGUUCCUGGAGCACCACAAAUUCCGUUUCGACUACACGUUCGACGAGGAGUGCUCCAAUGCGCUGGUCUACAAUCACACUGCUCGUCCGUUGAUCAAAACCAUGUUCGAGGGCGGCAAUGCCACUUGUUUCGCUUACGGACAAACUGGCAGCGGAAAAACGCACACCAUGGGCGGAGAAUUCUUCGGAAAGGUUCAGGAUUGCGGAACCGGGAUCUACGCCAUGGCAGCCCGGGAUGUCUUCGAGGAGGUAUCGCGCCCGGGGUACCAGAAAAUGGGAGCCAAAAUUACGUGCAGCUUCUUUGAAAUCUAUGGCACGAAGGUGUUCGAUCUCUUGUUACCCAACAAACCCAUGCUGCGGGUAUUAGAGGAUGCCAGGCAGCAGGUCGUGGUAGUGGGCCUAACGGAGAUGCCGGUAACCAAAGUGGAGGAUGUCCUGAGGCUAAUUGAGCACGGCAGCAAGGAGCGCACUUCCGGCCAGACCUCGGCGAACGCCAAGUCAUCGCGUUCCCACGCCGUCUUUCAAAUAGCACUCCACAUGCCCGAUUCCUGGGGCCCAUACGGCAAGUGCUCCUUUGUGGACUUGGCAGGCAAUGAACGCGGGGCGGAUACGCAAUCCGCUGAUCGCCAAACUCGCAUUGAGGGAGCCGAUAUCAAUAAAUCCCUGCUGGCCCUCAAGGAGUGCAUUCGAGCCCUCAGCCGGCAGUCGAGUCACCUUCCCUUCCGAGGCUCCAAGUUGACCCAAGUGCUGCGCGACUCCUUUGUCGGCGGCAAGAAGAACAAGACCUGCAUGAUUGCCAUGAUAUCGCCAUCCAUGAGCUGCGUGGAGAAUACGCUCAACACUCUACGUUACGCAGACAGGGUUAAGGAGCUCAUUGCCAAGGAAGACGAUAUCUUGCAAUCCUCGUCAGUGGAUGGGGUUGGGGAGAAAUCUGCCGAUCUCGACGACGAAUCCGAGCCAGAAAUGAUGGCCGACGAGGAGGGCGAUGAGGAGCCGGAGGAUGAGGAGAAUCAGCAUAUAACCACCAUAUCCUCGGAGGAGGCAAGCUCCUACAACAACAUGAGUUAUGACAUGAACUAUAACCACACCCUCAACAUUCUGGGUCCCUCAAGGACCGUGGACAUCCAAGAGGUGGCCGAGCAGCACGCACUUUUGGUAGAGUAUCUAGAGAACUACGCUAACAAUUUCCGGCAACUAAAAACGGAUAAGGAAAUGGACCAGUACACGCAAAAUUCAGAAAGCGCAUUACUGAAACUGCUAGCAAUGGUGAAUCGAACACGGGAUGUAACGCACAAUUACAACACUCAUAAAUUAUUGAAGGAAGAGAACCAGAAUGCAUAUAAGGAGGUCGAGCUGGCUGAUUCCGACUAGAUAUUUUCCCACCACCUACUAAUAACCCUAGCAUAUGAAUUUAUUUUCUACCACUCUGUAUCUUUUCAAUUGCGCUUGGGAGACCCCCGAAUGGCUCAGAUUUCGAUUCGAUAAACAAGCUGUUAAUGAAAAUUCAAACGUGAA